AGAAACACUGUCAUCAAGAUUGCAAGAAGCAGUAAAACUUAAUGAAGUUUAUCAGACAGCUUUCCACAGAACAAAAAACAAGCUGAAAGAGACUCAGAGUGAAAGACAGUUUGAAUUCAGGUAUAUUGUGAAUAAUUUAUUAUAUCGAAAAGGAGUAUUUAAUUAGUAAGCCCAUUUAUAGUAAGUGAUACUGAUUAAUAAUUUAUGGUGUUUACUGUAGUGAGAAUUAUAUAUUUGGCAAGUUUGAUGCGUUUUGUAAGCGACUUGAGAAACUCGACGACAUGCUGAUAGCGAUGGAGAAUCUUUCUGGACUUCAGAAAAUAAAAAUUGAGGUACAGUAUGUAUUUUUGUUGACUUCAAACAAGAAGUCUUGGGCAUUUUUGCAGUAAGAUUAAUACAAAUUUAUCUCUUAGGGAAUUGAAACGAUAGUGGUCAGAUACCAAACCAUGGUUGCCACAGUUAAGAAAAAGACGUACGAUCUGUUAGAUCAUCGCAAGGGAGAGGUACGGUGAUAAAAUAAGUCGGCAACCACUCUCGAUUGUUUGGUUCAAACUCCGGUACACGUCACUGUCAAUACAAUGAUGAACUUUUUCGUUGCAGUUUGAUACGGACUAUGAAGAAUUCAAACAAAGUGUCGAAGCUUUGAAAGAACAACUUCAACUUUUUGUUGAUUCGUGGUUUGAAAAAUCUUUAUCGGUAAGUCAUGCAAGGCAGAACAACUUAGAAUGACAUAUGUUACACUAUUUCUUAAACAUGUGGUCCAUCGUUUUCUAGACAACUCGUGCGCUGGAGUUACUGGGAAAGUUUGAGAACAUCAAAGGAGUCCAGUUGUAUCUCAAUGACAAAUAUGAUAAAGUCUUGAUCCAGUACAGAAAGUAUGUCAUAGCUUUACAACCUUUGAUGACACCCAGUUUUAGUCUUGGAUUUCUGAAUCUAGUUCAAUGCUGAAUGUCUUUUUCUAGGGAUCUUGAAACAUGCAGAAAAAUUUACCAAAAAUUUAAGCACGACCCUCCAGUACAGAGAAAUCUUCCUCCGGUGAGUACAUCAUACAAAUUCUGUUAUUGUACAUAUCCGUUGUUGAAAUAAGUCAUUUACCCAUUGAGCUGCAAUGUGCCCCAGUGCGCCCAACUUAUUUUGUUUUACUCGUCAAUGGGGAAGCUCUGCAGCUUAACGGAUUAACUAGGAUGCAUCAUGCGUGGGCAGUUUGUUUGGUUAACCCAUUGAGUGGCAGCACUCUCCACUUUAUCAGUAGAAUCGUCUGGCGUUAUAGACAGAGUAAAAUACUAAAGUAGGGUGCAUUAAAUUGUCACUUAAAGGGUUAACGAAAUGGUAUUCUCUCACAGGUUGCUGGGAAGAUCACAUGGUCCAGACAGUUAUUUCGUCGCAUUCAUGAACCAAUGAAAGUGUUUCGUCGAUAUCCUGAAGUUUUGAAGGUAUGUUAAUCCUAGCUUCUAUUUUAUCAUGGCUGUCACUAUCAUGUCAAUGUCUAUGUACAUCGGGAACUAUGACUGAACGGAAACCACACGUUGCAUGGGAGCCAUUCCUUUUAAAGUUGUAAAUAAAUAAUUCUCAUGUUCAUGUUUUGCUUGCUAAUAUGACUCAUAUUUUUAUGUUGCUUUAGGGUGAUGAGGCCAAAAGGAUUGUCCGGAAUUUCAACAAGAUGGCUUCUGUUUUAGUCGAAUUUGAGGUAUUUCAUAUUUCUUCCAAAUGACAAACUCUAUACUGUGUAAAUCGUCACCAAUGUCUAAUCUGGAUAUGAUUUAUUCUUAUGUAGGUACUGUACCAUCGCGGUUGGAUGCAAGCUGUCGAAUUAGCUCGCAGUGGUAUGCAAGCAUCGCUGUUGGUCGUGCACCCAGAAACAAAGGUACGAACCAUAUCAUGAUAAUAUAACGAGGCAUUCUAUAGAUAAGCUUCGCUAAGCGCUGUCGUACAACAGAUGAUGGUUAAGUCAACCUGCAGUUAUGAGAGUGAGAGAAUAUAAUUAUAUUUCAUUAUUUGUAGAAACUGUUUGUGAACUUUGACCCUCAAAUUCUUGAGCUGAUUCGUGAAUGUCGAUGCAUGCGUCGUUUGGGACUCGAGGUAAUAAUUCUUUCUUCGCUGUUCUCAAUUUCACAUUUUGAUUACUCCUACACUUUCCCCAAUUUGUGUUCUAGUAUGUUCUAUUUCUUUGUAGAUUCCUGAAAGUGCUCGGGUAUUGUGGAUGAGAGAAAACGCAAUCAAAUCUGCCUACAACAGGUAA